AUGGCCUAUGACCGCUAUUUGGCCAUAUGUCAUCCAUUGCGCUACAGCUCCCUCAUGAACAGCACCUUCUCUGCUCAGCUGGCCCUCAUCUCUUGGCUGUGUGGGUUCCUGGUUAUCUCUGUAUUGGCAUCUCUAAUAUCCAGGUUGUCUUUCUGUGGACCUAACAUUAUCAGUCACUUCUUCUGUGACAUUGAUUCCUGGAUAGCACUUUCCUGCACUGACACGACACUCGUUGAGCUGGCAACUUUUAUCGUCUCUAUUAAUGUCCUCCUGGGCUCAUGUGCAAUAACUCUAAUCUCGUACAUUUACAUAAUCUCCACCAUCUGUAGAAUCCCCUCAGCCCAAGGCCUGCAAAAGGCCUUUUCCACUUGCUCUGCCCAUCUCACUGUCGUAACUAUCUGGUACGGCUCCACCAUUUUUCUGUAUGUCAAUCCUUCUGCACAGAACUCAUUGGAUUAA